AUGGCCAAGUUAUUCCGAGCUGCUAUCAUGGGUCCUCCAGGAUCAGGGAAAGGAACGAUAUCCAAGAGGAUUGCGCAAAGCUUUGGUCUGCAAUAUCUGUCCAGUGGCCACUAUUUACGAGAGAGCAUAGCAGCAAAUACAGAGGCAGGUGUGUUGGUGAAGACCCACGUAGAGAGAGGCAUGCUGGUGCCUGAUCAUGUGAUGACCAGACUGAUGCUGCCCAGACUGGAACAAAUGAACAACCACAGCUGGCUUUUGGAUGGUUUUCCGCGGACACACGCACAGGCCCUGGCCCUAAACAAUUUGUAUCAGCUUGACUUGGUCAUCAGCCUCAACAUCCCUUAUGAGACUUUGAGGGAGAGACUGAGUGACCGUUGGAUUCACCCAGGCAGUGGCAGAGUCUACAACAUGGGCUUCAACCCACCACGAGUGCAGGGUAAGGAUGACAUCACUGGGGAGCCACUGAUUCAACAUGAUGAUGACAAGCCAGAAGCCCUGAUGGCCAGACUGAGACACUACAAAGAUGUGGCCAAGCCUGUCAUAGACUUGUACAAGUCACAAGGAAUCCUGCAUUCAUUUUCUGGUACAGAAACAGAUCGGAUUUGGCCUUAUAUCAACUCUCUUCUCAGCACCAAGAUGCACACACAGCCGUUAGAUGCCUGCCAAUCUCAGACACCCUGACACCACUCAGAAUGAAAAGACCACAGGGAAACAUCUAGAAGGUGAAAGUGAUGAUGAGUGAUGUUUCUACAUGCUGGACUUGGCUUUCAGAUUCCUCAUUAACAGCAGGAUUUAGAGAAAUGGACAAGGACACUGAUCAAAACGUAGUCAUUCACCUUGUUUUAGAUAUCAUAAAAUGCUUUUUUACUUUUAUUUGAAGAGCUUUAUGAUAGUGUUGAUUUCUGCAUUACCAUAGUAACGUAGUAACGUGUUAGGAUCCUAGUUGCAAAUAGCAAAACUGAUCAUCUUGGUGAUUCAUGAUGAUUACAGAAGCAGACAACGAUUCUUUACAAAUUUAGAUGUUUAUUUGCGGCUGUUGUGACAUACACUGAAUAGAAACCACAGCUCCUUCAAGAGAGGUGUGGCAAAACCAAAGGUUAAAAGCAAAAAAUGACACAUUAUACACAAUGAGAUAUUCCCUUCACAGUACAACUCUCCGGUACAUUCAUUCAUUAUGAACCAGUGACAGAGGGGUAUGUUAGCACCAAAAAUAUUAAACCAAAAACUAAAAUAUAAAGUAUCUUAUCAUGAAAGGAUUGGCUGUCAAUAAUGGAGGUCUACGGCACAAAGGACGAUAUGUUCGCCUUUGGAUACACACACAAUCCAAGUAUCUAAGCAUCUAAGUAGGAUCAAUUCAUUGUUGGUUUGGCCCUGAACAUUGGAUUUGUUGAAAAUAAAAAAUAGCAGCUUUAUCCUUUAAAUGCAGCCUCACCAUUGCCUUAAUUGAGAGAUUGAUUGAGAGCAUUACUGAUAUUUUACAUUGUGAAUGGUAUCAUUUGGGUCCAUUUCUUUUCAGAACCUGUACAUGCCUAUGUGCUGUUUGUUGUAUGAAAAGUCAGCUGUUGUCACAUAUAUAACUGUCUCAGAGAACCAGUUUUUAAAUAUUUGGCUUUAUCAGCUCGGUGUUUCUAGAAUAUAUUCAUUUCAAUUUGCACUAUAGAAACUGCUAGUCUUUACUUUUUGUGCUGGAAUGCUGCAGAAUGCUAUGCAGUCUUUCUUAGACUGGUACAAGCAGCCUUCACAGUCACUCUGUGGCUGGGAUGAAGGCCGAUGCACAUACUAAAUAGUGCCUAUAAUGGUGUAACAUUCCUUUAAAUAUAGAUGUGGUUGCCUUGAAAUUUUGAACUUCAAAAUGCCAGAGAUAAUUGUUUAUAUGAUGUAAUGUUACAUAUAAGUGAGACAACUUUUCAGGUUGUUUGAAUGUAUAAAUCAUUGUUGCAGGAUGAACAACAUGUUUAACUUCAUCGUUAAAAAAAAAAGUUUUUUCUAAAUAUGGUCAAUUAGAGAUAAAAGAUUCUCAACCAAUAGAAACAAAAUGUCACUUUGCAUUUCACACUCACUAGUGACCAACCUGUGCAAUAAAGACCAACAAAUACAUUUUAAUUUUAUUUUAUUUUAAUACUGGCCAUGUAUAGUUCUGAAGGUUUUUCUUGCACCUUUAUUCAUUAUGAAGAAACAGACACUAAUUGCCUAACACACAAGUACAACAUUACCAAUGUUUCUAAUCUAAUUUGUGGUAUCAAGUUUUUUCUUCUUUUGGUGGGAUUUUUGUUUUCUACAUUCUAGGGAUAGAGGUACUAGCUGUACAAACUGAACCUUUGAAACAAUUUUGAGUUGACUUGGCUAUCACAGAUGUGAAGAUAGGGACACCAAAUAUACCAAAAAAGAAGCACCAUGACUGUUUCAAACAUUCCUAUUACUGUUACAGAAACUUAGAUAAGAUGCCUAUGUAUGCAAAAUGUCAGCAAAUUGUUCAUGCUCAUGGUGGAAGUAUGAAGUUGAAGUUACAGAUAAUUUACACAUUGUUUUUGUAGUGAAGAACAGAUUGAUCCCUGAAUGCCCAGACUGUGCUGCUGAAUUAAUGGAUGUGUGAUGUGAAUGUGACCACACCUCACUGCUGUUGUCCCUAUUUUUUAUAUACAAUGCUGUCCAAACAUGUUACAUUCCAAGAAGAAUAAAACAUUUUUCAUCAUG